AUGGCAGACUAUCACAACACGGAAGAACUUAUUUCCGAAGUAGGGAAGAUGCCUGUCCUGUGGGAUCCUACGACCGAAGAAUAUAAAAACAGGAACAAGAAAGCAGAUGCAUGGAUAGAGGUUUGCCGCUCGAUUUAUCUGGAUUAUGAAGAGAAAUCUGCAGAAGAAAAGAAACAAAUUGGAAAGGAACUGCAAAUUCGUUGGAAGAGCAUUCGAGACGCUUAUGUAAGGAAUUCCAGGAAAUUGAAAGAUGAAAGUAAAUCAGGAUCUGGAGCUGUGAAGACACACCGUUACAUUUUUGCUGAACAACUGUCCUUUCUCAGGAAAGUAGGUGAAAACAGAGAAAACACGGACAUUUUCGUUCCAACCCAUGAAACAGAGGAUGGAGCUGAAGAUGCAUGUCAAAACCUGUCAGCAACACAGCAAAAUCCAAGCGCUAAGUCCAAGAAAAAGAAAAGUAAUUUACUUGAGGAGAAACUUAUAAAGUUUAUGGAUGGUUAUGAAGAAAAAGAAGAUGACGACAAGGAUUUUUUCAUGUCAAUGUUACCGUCAGUGCGAACACUGAACAGUGAACAAAAGAUUGAAUUCAGAAUGGAAGUACUGGCUGCGCUGAAGAACAUCAGAUCCGGACACCGUGGGCACACAAGGGUACAAGACUCUCAUCCCCUUCCACUUGUGCUCCCACCUGUACAGAGUCAAUACCCUCAUUAUGCACAGUAUCCCUCGUCUGCAAUGACACACCCUCAUUUCUUUGGUCCUUCAGCAGCAACAAACAUACAUCCACAUGCAGUGAACACUCAAGAAAAUCGUGCAGAAGUCCAACCAGUAGCACCCUCACCUGCUAACUUGUCAGUACCCUCUCCAGCAUCAAACACCUCAAACACUGACAAUUCAGUAAUUUCACCGACUGAUUUUGACAUUUAAUAAAAGAAAUGUAAUACAGAAAUUACUUAGAGGAAUGUUUUUAUUCAUACAGUAGUUAAAAUACCAUGCAGUUUACUUUAUUAAAAAUAAAAAGGAGGAAAAAUGUAAUGCAAUCUUUUUACAGUGGAAUACUUUUAUUUAUACGGUAGCUGAAAUACCAUAUAAUUUAUUUACUUCAGAAUAAAAAGGAAUAUUAAAACUAGUAUAUAUGUUGUGUACAUUAUCUUACCUGAUGCUUAAAGCCACUGCUUCUUCAGGUGGAAUAGAUAGCCUCAUGUUUGUGUCCUGCAGUUUAAUAUCAUCCGUAACCCUUGCCACAAGUUCCUCAAAGGUUGGGUAUGACAUCCUAAAGUAAUUGAAGAAUUUGCCAUCGUCCGCUUUAAAUUCUUCAUAAAGGGUAUAAAACUCGCCCUGCAACAAUCUGUUGUUGUUUAUAGGGUGAACCCAAAGCUGACGACGGUUUCUCUUCUUCUUCACUGCUUGUAUUGCUGCAUAAGCAAUCACAGCUUUCUUUCGUGCACCCUCCAUCUUGAGGAGACAGUUGGUGACUGAGAGGAGGUCGUAGGCUGGAGGCAGGGCGAGAAACGCGAACGCGGGGCAAACGCGUGUACAAAAAAUAUGACGCGUUCUGUGCGUCCGUUCGACGCGCGUACAAAAACGCUCGUGUGUAAGCAGCCUUAGACAGAGGGAGCGGCGACGUUAUGGAGAGAGAAAUGCCGGAGGCGAGGACGAACACCCUCGGACAUGGUGGUAUCCCGAGCGGGCUUAUAAGAGAGAGCAGAUGGGACGAUGGUUCGCUACUCGUCCCUCGCCAUCAGCUGAAGCGGUACUAUUCAUCACUCACCAGUAUACCAGAGAACACCAUGUCGGACGCCUACGUAGUCAGCUACAAAUAUAGUUCUGGCGAUGACAUCUACCGCUAUCCUCCGAGUGAAAAUCUUCCUUAUGUGGCAUGUAUCCUAACCCAAUAUGCUCCUGGCCGCGAACUGGAAAAUAACCCUAUAAACCAAGGAUAUCUUCAGACGUCAAGAGAUCAAAAUUUCAUUCGUGGGGUAAAGGAAGACAGUUAUGAUAACCGUCUCCGCUGGUUUAAACAGUCCAUCAUAAAAUUGGUAGAAUGGGUGAUUAAAAGCAACAUUACAAGUGUCGUCUUCCCCUACAAUAUUGCAAGCGCUGGAAUUUUUACAUGUUGUGGAAAGCUGACUACCAACCACAUCUUCAAGAGGCUGCGGCUGAACUCCAACUGCAAAAUAUAUCGUACGUCAUCCUGGACAGAUGGUGGACCUGCGAUGAGCCAGAAACUAAACUAAAUCAAUCUGUGUUUCCCGAGUGAAACAGGAAGAGAAAACCGGUGGAUACAGAGGACGACGCUGUGGCUGACGAAUGGAAAAAAAACGGGACGAUGCUGUAGUCGACGUGGAUCCUAAAUAACUAUAGCUCCAGACAAUUUCCCAAUAAUUAUGUACAUCACUAAAUGUAAAAUAUGUCAAUAAAUAACAAUGUAAUGAUGUUUAGUAUGAUUUACCUUCAAUAUGUAAUUGGCAUCUCGUCAUGUCUACCUCUAUAUAAUGAAAUAAUUAUAAUAUUUUUGCUAGUGUCUUGCGUGCUCUAAAUGGAGUCACAUCAUAUAUAUGUUACCAGCAUUGCGGAUGGGGAAAUUUACCCCAAUUCCAGCACUAGCUUUACUAAUAAUAUACAAACUCUAACAUUAGACAAGGACGUGGAAUAUG